AUGGCCGUUCCGUCUCCAUCCCCGUUGCAGCGUGGGAAAUCCGGCAUCUUGUCAACCCCAGAAAAAGAAGGUCGCUUUCCUGAGACCCAGAAGGUUUCGAGUCCAGUUGUUCCCAAGCCUUUGGAGGAACACUUUGAGGAAAACAAGGUUUCAAAGACUUUGCCACCUUUUCCUGUGGCCCUGCCUAAGCCUGCACCACAGCAGAUGCCACCCCCAGCUGGGCCCCCUCCGCUGAGUCAGGGGGCGAUAGACCGUCGCAUCCGACGGGCGAUGGAGCCCAAUGCAAAGGGGGAGUUUAAGGUGAGCUCAGAGGUUCGAAAGCUUUGGGAAGAAGGGAGCCGGGAGAAAGUGUUUCGGCUGUUCGCUGAUUUUGGCGGUGCCGAUGUUGUCCCUGGCGACGAAGAUGGUGGUUUGCCACCUUCGGCACAGGAGACAAUGAAGUUGUUGAAGCGGCUGGGGUACCCGGAAGUCCAGGACACCACCAAACCCUCAGCCCUGCUUACGAAAGUCAGCACAGCCUUGACGAAGCGCAUGGGGAAGUUGGAAGAAGUGAAAAAACUCUUUGCGGCGGGAGGUGACUCAGCCCUUGUCCGCAAGAUGUGCGACAAGCUGGAGGAAGUGUAUGCCAAGCUGGAUUCGCAGAGUGAGGCUCUUUCGGCUGAAGCCAAUGCUGGCAUUCUGGAAGGCUUCACCCAAGAGAAGGAGACCGCCUUGAAAGAUAUGGUGGACAGUGCCCGAAGCGCGCUAGGCCCUCAUAUGUCCACUGCACUGCUUACAGGUAAAAAGCUUUGCCCUCAGUUGCUUUUGAGGUUGCUGGAAGCUUUCAAUUUGGAGUCAAGAGCCAGGAGCAUCGCGCCCAAAGCGGUGAGCGCCAAGCGCCCGCCGCCUUCGAAGAGUUCCAAGGCGAAGGCAGCCCCGAAAGUGCCAGUUCCCAAGCCUGCUGAGGACACGCCCAGCAAGACACCAAAGAGAGCAUCAGCAGGUGGCAGCGUCUUUUGUGAGCCAGUCUUUCGUUAUCCAUCUUUGCCAGGUGAGGAAACUUCUCGACAAAAAAUGUUAGAAGUCUUGGCGGAUGAGAUUGGUGACGGUGUCUGGCGCUUGGCCCUGGUUGCCCCAGCUUGCCGAGUUGGAACUAUGGCCAGAGCAGCAGUGGCCGACGGUGCGCCCAACGUAGGCAGCCUGUAUGCAGCCACCAAAGUGCAUCCAAGUCAUGGAGAGCGAGAUGCUCAUCGACUUCUCAACAAGUACUGGCUAUCUUUAAGGGUACCCAUCAGUGAACUGACCAUACCAUUGGAUGAUGGCCAAACGGUGUCCAUCCCACACUACAAGGUUACUGACAUGGCUGGACAUCUGUUGACGAAGCAUCCAGAAAUUUUGUUGGGUGGGGAUACGCUUGAAUCUGGCGAAUCCCGGUGCAAGUCGUUUUGGGAGAAGUUCCGCGACCACCAACCAGACCACAAAGUGUUUCAACAGUUUGUUGACUUCCGUCGGGUGGUGCCAAUUUGCAUCCAUGGUGACAAAGGCCGUACUCUCAAAAAAUCCCCCAUAGCAUGCUACUCAUGGGAGUCUGUGUGGGGCCUACCUGCUGGGCUUAGGGACACGGCAACAGAACCUGUCAUCAACCGGCGAAACCAGCAGAAAUAUGACACAGGCCACUUGGGGGUCACGUGCUUAGAGCGGUCAACAUCGUCGAAUGGUGGAGGAACGUAUGACGAUGCUGACGAUGCCUGCACCAUCAAGCGGCGGCGCCUGGGCCAGUGCGGACACUCUUUCUUGAACCGGUACCUCUUCACCUGCGUUCCAUAUGCUGUCUACAGCUUGGACAGUUACACCGUACUUAGAACAGUCCUCAAGGAGUUGGGGUCGCAACUGAAGAGUUUGUUUUUGGACGGUGUGGAAGUGAAUUCUACCACGUACCACUUUGCCCUCAUAGGUGUGAAGGGGGAUGCAGAAUUCCAUGUGGAAGCUGGAGAAUUUUGCCGUUCAUACAUGACGGUUGGAACAGCCAACAAUUUACAAAUGUGCCAUGAAUGUGAAGCUGACGACAACUUUGGCGAUGUCUCUGACAACCCCAGCUGGUUGAACACAGUUGCUUAA